GGGAGUUCAUCAACUAAAUCUAUCCAAUUAUACCCUUGUAGCUUGAUACAUAUCUUGAUAUAAUUGAUGAAGUCGUUCCAGUUGUGUCCGCUUGCACUUCGCUCAACCAUUCCACUCCGCAUCAUCCGGCCUAGCCAACUUGGAUUCCGCUCCAUCUCAAGAACUAAAGGCCAAAUGACUUCCCAAAGAGACGACUCAAUUCCUCACGAGCUGCGCACAGCUGCAGAGCCCCGGCAAAAUAGACUAUAUCCGGUGCGACUAUCGCACAUCGAGCAGGUCAACCCCUCUGUUCGGCUACUACAGUUCGCUUUGCCUCCCCAAGAGAAUAAUCCGCCACGCCCGGGGCUGGUUGUUCUCCCCGCUCCGUUGGAUCCUAUCCAUAUAUGCCCGCACGGCCAAUGGUUCCAAUCACAUAUGGGCAUCUUCUAUCACACACUUUCACCCGACACCACUGACGCAUUUUAUAGGAUAACAGUCAACAGCCAUUCAGCUUCCUCCCGGGCCAAUGGCUUGAUGUCCAUAUCCCCUCCAUCCCCCAAGCGGGGGGGCUUCACUAUCACCUCCACCCCGGCAGAUGCGGAGUUGCUGCCGCCACCAGAGGCUUCUACUGACUCAUUAGCUGGCGAGGCACUUGAACCAUCUUCGGAAUCUCAAGGGCGACCACCAUAUGUGGAACUGGCUGUACAAGACUCGCCAGGUAACCCAUCCGCUGCAUGGCUGUGGAGACCAAAAGAAAAGAUCCUAGGCAAGGAGCUAAACAUCCGAGUUGGCGGAAGCUUUGCCUGGCCUCCUACUGGAGUGAGUAUCAAUGAUGUGAAGAAUGUGGUCUUCGUUGCGGGUGGUGUUGGCAUCAAUCCUCUAAUAUCCAUGCUCUCCCACCUAAACAACAACGAACCUCACACCCCUAACCCAACCACCAUCCACAUCCUAUACUCUAGCCGCCUACCGCAUGUCCAGGAAGCAGCCUCGGCAGACGCAAUACUAGACCAGAUCCUGUUUCUCCCGCGUCUGCGCCAAAUAGUCCGAUCUCAAGAGAGUUCGCAUCGGCUCCGGAUCUCGUUGGACCUUUUCCUUACGGACUUAUCCUCAUCGCCCGAUCUGCUCUCAUCUGGGUCUCCUUCUGAGCUCAAGAUUCACCGAGAGAGGAUAUCCGAUCGUGAUCUGCGCUCUGCGGCUCUGGGUACAGAUGGUGAGUUGGAUUCUCGGGGCACAGUAUGCUAUGUAUGUGGACCGCCUGAUAUGACUGAUUCCAUUGUGGAGAAGUUGGUUGAGAUCCUAGGGGAUGGUGGGGAGCAGCGAGUUUUCUUUGAGAAAUGGUGGUGAGGAUGGGGUCAGAUUGGUAGCGAUGUAAAAUAUUCGGAUGAGAAUAAUUGGGGUGUUUGUUCGUCGAUGAAUGAACAGUCAACGUUGCAGUCUAGGCCUACUGGCCUACGAAAAUUGAAGCAUAAUAAGACUAGG